AUGAGCAACGCCGCUUUCUUUCUCGUGGCUGUGGUCAUGAAGAUUCAGAUGACCGAUACUCAAGGUCUCGGUAAACUGCGCCUAUCAGCUGAUCGUGUCGAUAACUUUUAUUUCGCGGAAGAAUCGGUUACAUUCACCUGUGAAUCUAACUAUCAAUAUUCAUUCUGCGAGUUUGAAUUGGUUCUUGAACAACGUCCUUUACAAACAAAACCCCAAACAACAAUUUCAGUAAUAAACACGGUUCUAUUUACCACCAAGGUUCUGCACACAUCGUCCCGAUAUUACACGUGCGUUUAUAAAAGCAAGUUAUCUCAGAAACCCAUAGCGCAAAGUGAAGCAGUUUUGAUAACAGUAAUUGGGCAAAAAAAUCUCCGACUAUCAGCUGACCGUGCGGAUAAAGUAUAUUUGAAAGGAGAAUCGGUUAACUUCACCUGUGAGUCCAACGAGGCACAUAAACGCAGCCACUUUCAAUUAUCCGGUGUACGUCAAUAUUCCCCAGAAGGCGACCAGGCAGACACUUCGAAGACAAAGAAGGUCACCUUUGCCUUCAUGCCCGUAAACACUGGAAAGCAAUUUUACUAUUGCUUGGCACCCUUAGGACAGAGCUCAGCAGAAGCAAUAGAAAUAUUGGCUACUCAUGAAGUGCGACUAUCAGCUGACCGUGAGGACAAAGUCUAUUUCAAAGGAGAAUCGGUUAAAUUCACUUGUGAUUCCUACAGUGAACGUGCAGUCCAGACGUUUGAACUGUAUGAAGGAGGACAGUUUGUAUCAAUGCCACGCAAGACAGCAUCAUCAUGGAUUAAAACGGCCACGUUUUACAUCAGCGCGUUGAAGACUGGAAUAAGUUACUAUCAGUGUCGGGCAGGUUCAGCAUCCAGUCGCAAACUAAAGAUAACAAUAUUGGCAGGUCUUGAUAAACUGCGGCUUUCGGCUGAUCGUGCGGAUAGGGUAUACUUAAGAGAAGAACUGAUUGUAUUAACCUGUGAAGCUAAGAAUCGGCGUUGGCUCAACAAUUUUCACUUGUAUGAUGGAGGACGACACUUAGCAGCCACCCAGGAAGAAAUUGCUUCACGGUCAAACGCAGUCAACUUUACUGUCGUGGAACCUGAGAGUGGGCCACAUCAUUAUGUUUGUCUUUACACCAGCAGUACGUACUCAGAGCAAAGCGACAUUGUGAAUAUAACCGUAGUGGAUUUGCCCAUACCGCUGUUGUCAGUGGUUUCCCCUGAUGUUGUUCAAGGGGGAAACGUUAUCUUUAUUUGCAGAAGUCCACAGGAAUUUCCGAGAAUAACGUUUUAUUUAUAUGAACAAAAUGGAUUAAAUAACUUGGUGUCCAGCAAUCCCAAUCCACAGAACAAUGCUGUAAACUUCACAAUUCAGAAUAUAGAUCGUAACAGGAGUGGUGAUUACAGCUGUGUUUACGAGGCUGUGGUAGAAGGAAGACGGUUUACAUCGGCGUGGAGUAAUUCUGUACAUUUGUCUGUAAGAGGUAAAUUCUUCUGGGAAUGGAUCCUAAUUCCUGCUGUCAUACUGCUCGUAGUCUGUGCUAUAGUGGGCAUCUACUGCUGGAAAAAUGGGAAGAUAAGAGGUCGUAGUGGAAAGAAGACAGAGUCAGCUGCUGAAGACCACGUAUAUGCCAGCAUCACUCCUGACGACCGAGAUCAUGGAAAUCAGAGGGCAGCUCUGUCGCCGUCGAAAGACCGAAGUGAUGGCAACGUCGUCUAUGCUGAUAUUACGAUGGAACUUCAAACAAAGGAACGGAACAAUCACCAAGACAACUUUGAAAUCCACAAUGAUGAUGGAACGGUCUAUGCAGCAGUGAAGCAAUAGACGUUUCAAGGGUUCUAGGGGAGCCUGUGUCCAACUUCAUGCUCGGGAAUGAUCAAAGCCUUGACCAUGGGGAUUGUAAAAUAGUUUUGAAAGAGAUGAAUGCGCUAUACAGAUUUUCUAACGCCCUUCUGACACGGAACUUCACUCGCGACGCCUUGCCCGACUGCCAGUGAAGAAGAAAAGAUGAUGACGCCUUCUUUAAUCCAUUGAUUCGUCAGGGAACUGCCGUCUGAGUUGUUGUUCAGUAGCUAGCGACAAUCACGUGGGCAGCAGAAACUGUUCGGCCCUAAGCGAUUAUCCCGCCAAACUGUAUACUCGAAUAAUUUAUACUAAAAGCACAUUGAUGCUCUCCCUUUUCGCAUUGACAGCUUGUAAUCUGAUAUCCAGAGCUUCAAAUCAGCUCCAAAUGCAUUGGAAUGAAGUGCAGAAUUGCAUCAUUAUUAUGUCAGUCGGGCCACGGGUCCCGUUUAGAAUUUUGUUGUCUCAUUUCUCAUAAUUUACCGCACAACCACCUCUUUUGCUUCUAACUUGACAUUAUACAAAUCAACAAAAA